AUGGCUGUGGCGAACUCUUCCGAAGCUUCUUUCCGAAGGAAUUCCUCCGACGUUUCCACCAGGAAUGGAUCAACAGUGGCAGAAAGGCCAGCUCCUUACACCAAUGUGAUCAUGCCCAGUUUGUUUGGCAUCAUUUGUUUCCUUGGCAUUGUCGGGAAUCUUAUUGUUCUCUACACCAUUAUCAAGAAGAAGAAGCUGAGGUGCAAACAGACCGUGCCUGAUAUCUUCAUCUUCAAUCUCUCCCUUGUGGACUUGCUCUUCCUGCUAGGCAUGCCCUUCCUCAUCCAUCAGCUCCUGGGCAAUGGCGCCUGGUACUUUGGAGCACCAUUAUGCACUAUCAUCACCGCCCUGGACACCAACAGCCAGAUCACCAGCACCAAUAUCCUAACAGUCAUGACCCUGGAUCGUUACCUGGCAACCGUUUAUCCCCUGAAGUCUACUUACAUCCGGACGCCAUAUGUAGCAGCCUUGGUCAUUGGCUUGGUGUGGCUCCUUUCUUUUCUGACCAUCAUCCCUGUCUGGAUGUACGCUGGGGUGAUGCCAUUGGAGGAUGGGAGUGUCCGAUGUGCUCUUCUGCUGCCCAACCCUGAGACGGAUAUCUACUGGUUCACCAUUUACCAGUUCAUGCUAGCCUUUGCUAUUCCCCUGUUCAUCAUCUGUGUGGUCUACUUCAAGAUCCUCCAGCAUAUGGCCACCACCGUUGUGCCUCUACCCCAGAGGAGUCUCCGGGUCCGUACAAAGAAGGUCACCCGAAUGGCUGUUGCCAUCUGCUCUGCCUUCUUCAUUUGUUGGGCCCCCUUCUACAUCCUGCAGCUGGUGCAUCUUGGGAUAGACACUCCUUCCGUUGCUUUCUUCUACGCCUACAACUUUGCCAUUAGUUUGGGCUACGCCAAUAGUUGCCUCAACCCUUUCCUCUACAUUGCCUUGAGUGAGACCUUCAAGCGUCAGUUCAUGGUGGCUAUUUGCCCAGCCAAACAGCAGUUUCGUGUCAAUAACAACCACAGCACAACAGAGGCCAGUGUGUGCCUGAAGCUUGCACAGGAAUCUACCCAACAGACUCAGUUUUUGGAGGACUUUUCUCCCAACUCACUGCCUGUGGCAGUUGCUCUUCACUAGCUCUCCUUCUCCAAGGGCUUGAUAAACCUGGCCAUACAGGACCAUGAUAUGUUGACUUGUACAGAACCCUCACGUAAUGCUGGCUUUGUGAAAUGAUCAGCCAGCCAACAGCACUUUUAGGCAAUGCAAGGUGUUACAGGAGUACUUAAAAUUAUGCACAAUUGCUCCUUCUGAUAGAUGGUGAGAUGUGAGAAACACAGCAUAAUAUGAAAUACUGCAAAGGGAAGAAGUGUGCAACCUAGUUUCUAAGAAACCUAAGGCUGAGACUGCAAAAAUCAUCAUGAUGAAACUAACUUACAAAUGACAGAUGAAGGGCUGAAGCAUCAGACAGACAAGAGGGUGUAGGGCAUGAAAUCCUGAGAUACCAAACCAGACUAGCUUCCAAUGAGUUAAGCCAUUUCUGUCUAAUGCUGGGUAACACGGGUGAUGGGGAAAAGCAUUGGGCUCAACCAAUCAAGCACAGAUGAAAAACAAAUGGAAAUGUAUGAAUAGUUUCUUCUCCUUGUGGUGCCAUAAACACAAAGAAGCAAUGUAGUACUUCCAGCAGUGGAAUGCCACCUAUGGUGUUCAUUAUCCGGAGAGGCACCAAAACAGGGAUUUGAGUUAACAUAAUAAAGAGAACGGAUGGAACAGGAGGAGGCAUUGGAGACUCUGGAAGCAGCAUCUGUAGUUUUUUUAGAGUCACACUCUGAAAUAUAUGGAUGAUAAACACCCAAAUGCAGGUCUCUCUAGGACUCAUUCUAGAGAGUCACUUAUUACGCAUAGUGCAGGAUGCAUCACAUUCUAGACAACUUUUCCCAGCAAGUGACGUAGGAAAUCAGCACUUCCUGGCCUCUGCCUCUGAUGUAGCUGUUGCAGGACUCUGUCCAGGAAGAGGUAGAUGCCUCCCCUGCCAUCAGGUGUAUUUACCUGCAAAGAAGGCUUGGCACUCAUAUAAUAGGCUGGCUUGAAAAUAUUAGGGCUCCUGUAUUUUUGAUAGGAGUCGUCAAGAAGGAAAACGUCAACAGUUUGUUUUGUCACAGUGAUGUAGGACUUUGAAAGAAAAAUGUGUCCUGUGUUAUGUGCUGUCAGCCAGCUCCCAGCUUCCUGUGAGCCUAAUAUGGUUUCCAAAGUUUGUGGUAUAUUUGUAUAGUGCUCUUACGAAUGUUAGACCUCAAAGAGUUUGCAUGGUUGAUUGGGGAUUUGAACCGAGGUCUUCUGAGUCCUAGUCCAAAACUCUAUCCCCUACAGCAGACUGACUUUUUAUUUAAAGGCACAUAUCAACAUUUUGUCAUUUAUACAAAGAUUGGGUAUCCUUAUUCUACAUCACGCCAACAAAACGUUAAAAGUUAAAACAACAGCUAAUAUGAAACAACCAGGGAGGAAAAAAAAAGGAGGAUUAUACACAAAUUAGCAGAUAUGGGUCUGUGUGGGGAAGAAAGGCCAUGUCACUCAAUCAGUCUUUCUUUUACCACAGUGUGGUUUCAUGAAACUCUUUCUGGUUUUGUGAAGUCUAAUUAUGGUAAAUGAAGGGGGAUCGAACCCUUCAGCUUUUGGAGGCCAUCGUGGUGCUUUGAAAAAAAAGGAACUUUUAAGUAAGGGGAUUGUCGGACCAAUUUGCCACACUGGAUGAGGGUGGCCAGUUUUCAGUAACAGCUAUGGCUGUGCCUUUAAUAACAGAGAGAGCUCCACGUGGCGUUGUGGGUAAGAGUGUUACAUUGGAACAUGGGAUAUCCAGUUUGUCAUCUCCUUCUGAGCAAGAAGUGUGCUGGGCAUACCCAUGAGGCCAUCCCUUUCUCUCUGCCUGACCGACCUCAGAAGGUUUUUAUGAGAACAAAGUGGGGAGUAAGGAGACCCAUAGAUGCUGCAUUGAGGGCACAGGGAGGGUAAGGGAGGAAUGCAAAUGUUGCUAAAAAAUAAAUUGCUUCAAGUUCAGAAAUUCUCAGCUAAAGCUUUCUGCACCACAGAGAUUAAAAGUUACUAACAGUUGCAAAUUUACCACCAGUUAAAAGCACGGGAGGUGAUGGUAAUGAAAAAAUGACAACCUUGUGCCCAAUAUCUGUGCAAUGCUGUAAUCUGGUGACAACUUGUCCAACAGGCAGGAGCAGCACAGAUGCCACAGUCUGAAUGAAUGCUGCCCCAGAGGUAGGUAUGCAACAGAUGUAUGCACCUCUUUCUGCUGAUAUUUCUCUGUUCCUCUAU